AUGGCCAAGAUGAGAGUCACAUCCAAUUAUACAACAAGAAUUAUUUUCACACUUCUUUUCUGUUGCGUCCUCAUCAUCCAUGCGACAUGUCAUGGAGCAAUAGCAAACUUUAAAUCAACAUCUGCCACACCUUCUCUCAAUCGUAAAGUAUAUGGAUUUGGUUCCAAUGCCAAUGGUCAACUUUCACAAAAAGAUUAUUCCUCUCCUGCUCUUGUUGAUUCUUUGAAAUCUGCCACUGUUUCACUUCAAUGUAUUCAACAAUUUGACGAUGGCAGUUCGAGUGGUGUUCGUGUAUUUAUGGUUGUCAGUGGAGGUGGUGUGAGUGGUGGUGACGCUCUGUAUGGAUUUGGAUCGAGUAAUGGUGUGAAUUAUUUAUUGGGAUUGAAUUCGACUCAAAGUUUUAACACUCCUCAAUUGAUUGGUUCUUAUUCGAGUUCUAUUAGAAGUUUGGCAUGUGGUGUUGAACACGUCUUGUUUGUGUUGAAUAAUGCUGCAAGAGAUGUUUAUGGAUUUGGUAAUAACAAUUAUGAACAAUUGGGAUAUGGAUUUUCCUCUUUAAGUGUUCCAACUCUUUUACCUAUUUCUACACUUCAAAGUAUUAAUGUUGAUAAGGUCUUUGCAGUUCAUUAUUCAUCCUUUGCCACUGAAGAGACUUCCAAUAAUCUCUAUGGUUGGGGAGAUAACACUUUUGGAAUGAUGGGAUUUGUCGGAAGUCAAAUCAUCAUUUCCAACGCCACUCUCUUGUCUGGAUCACAAACAGGUAACAAAUACACGGGUGUGAAAAAGGUCGUGGGUUACGGUCGUUCACUUUUUGUGCUCACAACUUCUGGACAAGUAUUUGCUUCUGGUUCCAAUGAUCAAGGUGUAUUGGGUGUCAAUAGUAAUACUUUCCAAAUUGCAACUCCAACACCAUUGGCUGGUAUUAGUGCAACUGUUUUGGAUAUUUCCAUUUAUAGACAAGGUGCAAUGGCCACUACAAAUGAUGGAUCUGUGUAUUAUUGGGGAAAUAAUGACAUGAAUGCAUUGUGUACGACUCAAUCUCCAACAAGUUCAAUCCUCCCUGUGAAAAUCAAUUCUGAUCAAUUUUCACCUGCCUUGACUCAAAACAUUGCACAAAUUUCUCUCUCGUAUCAACAUGCCAUGUUGUUGGCUCAAGAUCAACGAACUAUUUAUGUAUGUGGAGAUAACACUGAAGGUCAACUUGGAAUGGGAACUUCUCCUUUCGUUUCUACUGUGAAUGGAGCCAAGUUCAGUAAUAGCACUACACCAGCUGGUAAAUCCGUUUCUUCCAUUCUCACUGCUGCAACAAAGAAUAGCUUUGUGUUGACGACCGAUGGUAAAUUGUAUACUAUGGGAACUAUUUCUGGAAGUGGUGACACUGUUUAUUACACAAGUCCAUCUCUCCUUCAAAAUAUUCCAAGUGGUAUUCAAUUGGAACAUGUUUACACAUCGGCAGGAUUUGUCUUUGCUACAGAACAUGAAACUGGUAAAACAUGGGCAUGGGGUAAAAACAGAUCUCCCUAUAAUUUCAUUAAUCCAAAUAUUGCCAUUGAUCAAUUCACACCUCGAAUGAUUCCAGAAUUGAGUGAAGUGAAUGUGACAUCCAUUUCUAUUGGAUAUGGAGUGGUCAGUUCAACCACUCAUUCCACUGUUCUCUUUUUAUCAAAUGAUACUCUUUCCUUGUAUGCGAUGGGUUCCAAUGCAUAUGGUCAAUUUGGUAACAAUAACAAGACCACCAACAUUCAGCUCAUUCCUACUCGUAAUCAAUAUGAAAAUGGAUCAGUCAUUAUUGAUAGUGUGAAUUGUGGAGCGAUUCACACUGUAAUGAGAGCUAAAAGAAAAUCCUACACGGUGGAUCAAUACGAUUUGUUUGUCAUGGGUGGUAACAGUAGAGGUCAAAUUGGUUUAUUCAAUUUUGAUGAUAUUCGUGCCACUCCAUUGCGUACUUCACAACAAAAUAUUAAGCAAGUCACGGCUGGUGAAUUUCAUACCAUUACUGUGAAUAUUGAAACUAGAGGUGGAGGAGGAAGUGGUGUGAAAACUUACAUUACAAAACCUUAUGCUGCUGGUGAUAACUCGAAUGGACAAAUUGGUCUCAAUGCAUUGCAACAAGUGAGUUCAUUCCGUGAAGUUGGAAAUCUCGAACAAACAUCGAAUGGUGUCUUUUAUAACAUUACAGAUAUUACUGCUGUUUACACUGGUGGUAAAUCUACGUUUAUUCUCACAGCAAACGGAACCUUUGUGACUGGUGAUAAUACGUAUGGACAACUUGGUUUUAAUCCAUCGGUGAAUGGAACUAAAUUCAUUGUUCCAGUUCUUAACAGUAAUCUUCCAUCCAAUAUUAUUAAGGUUGCAAUUUCUAGACCUACAGGAGGACAUGUAGCCAUUCUUACAUCCACUGGUGCUGUCUAUGUGAUGGGUCAAAAUGAUAAGGGACAAUUAGGAUUGGGUCAUACCAACAAUGUUUAUACUCCAACUCUUCUUACCGUUCCAAAUAAUGAAGCAGUGAUUGAUGUGAGCACUGGUGAUGAUUUCACAUUAAUCAUUACUGGUAACAAACCAUGCCCAGGAGAUUGUAAUUAUAAGGGUGUCUGUAAUUAUGUGACUGGUUUCUGUAGUUGUGCUUCUGGAUUUACUGGAUACGAUUGUAAUUUGUUUGAUUGUGUUGAUCCAAAAUGUAAUGGACAUGGUACUUGUGAUACCUCUAUUGGUAUUUGUAAAUGUGACAGUGCCUAUUCUGGAAUUAGUUGUGAACGUAGAAAAUGUCCAAACGAUUGCAAUGGAAAUGGUUUAUGUAAUACGAAGGAUGGUGUUUGUACAUGUUUUGCUGGUUUCACUUCCAAAGUAGAUUGUUCAACACCAGAUCGAGCUGGAAUGAGUGUGUUUGAUUGGCGAUCGUUUGUGACAUUGAUUGUCAUUGCAUUGUCUGUGGUCAUUCUUGUUGUGAAGAGAAUGUAA